UUCCCCGGCUGCAGCGCCGCGCACCUGUGUGCAGCGCCGAGCACCGAGGUGGAAUACCGAGAGCCGGCAGGCCCGGAGCAUGGCGCGGGAGCUGAGCCAGGAGGCCGUGCUGGACUUCCUCUGGGGAGCCGGGGGGCGAGCCCCCAACACGGCGCUGCUCCGACACUUCCAGCGCUUCCUCCGCGACCCGGCGCUGACGGAGCAGCAGCGGCGGGAGCGCCGCGAAUACUUCAAGAGCCUCGUCAACUCCCUGGCCACCGUCCACCCCGCCACCGCCCCCGGCGCCUCCAAGGACAUCGUCCUCCGCCGCAGGUACCGCGACCUCCUCGAUGAGGAGCUGCCGCCACCGCAGGAACAGCAGGAGGAGGAAGAGAAGGAGCCGCCGCCGCCGCCCCGACGCGACCCCGACCGGCGGCGCGCCCCACGAGGGGAGGCGGCGGAAAAGGGGCGGCCCGGCGACGGGCAGCCCCCGGGGGUCUCCGUCGCGGGGGGCUGCGCCGCUCGGGGCCGCGGCGGCCCCUGCUGCGAGUGCCGCCGGGCUCGCCGCGCUGCCGCUCCGCCCCCGUACCGGACCCGCCCGCUGGGCGCUUGGGCGCUUCACCCCCACGGGCCACCCCACUCCCGGUCCCCGGCGCUGCCGUCGGGUCCUGGGGCGCUGACCCGCGCAGGACCGCCCCCGUACCAGACCCUGCAGCCGCCCGCCGGCAGACCCUCCCGCUCCCGGUCGCCACCGCUACCGCCGGGGCCCGGGCCACCUCCAUCCCAAUCCCCACCACAAUCCCUCACCCAGGCACCCCCAUCCUGGUCCCUGCAGCCACCCCCUGCCGGGCCACCCCUAUCCCAGUCCUUGCUGCCAGCACAGGGCCUUGUGGGGCCCCAAGCCCCAGAGAGCAGCCCCCGAGCACCGCUGCCUGUCUUCAGGAGCAUCAGGUGCCAGCUUGCUUGGCUUGAGGUACAGGGCAUCCCCCCAUCGCUGCCAGAUGACAACAGGCAGCAGCCCCGCAUCAUGCCCUCCAAGAGCUGCCCUAGGAAUGUCCCAAGCCGGGGGCUGUCGGUGCCGCUGGGGCAGCGGGAGCAUGCCUGGCUAGUAGCGGUGUCAGCGGGGCGCUGGGCUCAGGUGCGGGGGCUUUUCCUGGAAGACCCGGAGCUGGCCCUGCAGCGGGACUUCAUGUCAGGCUUCACGGUCCUUCACUGGCUAGCCAAGCACGGAGACGGGCCAGGCCUGCAGGAACUGGCAGCAGCGGCACGGCAGGCUGGGCUGGCCCUGGACGUGGAUGCCCGCUCAGGCUGCGGGUACACUCCACUGCACCUGGCUGCCAUACACGGCCACCAGCUUGUCAUCAAGGUGCUGGUGCUGCAGCUGGGGUGCCAGGUCCAAGUACGAGACAGCAACGGGCGCCGGCCCUGGGAGUAUUUGGGCAGCUCCACCUCGGGGGAGAUCUGGCAGCUCCUGGAGGCACCCCGAGGCACAAUUAUGUUCCCCACGCAGCCCCUGGCCCGCAGCGUGUCCUCCGCCAGCAAGGUCUCGCUGUCUGCUGGCAGGGCAGCACUGCCUGCCUGCCUCAGGCCACAGCACGGCCGUGGGGCAGCGUCCCACCGAACCCUCAGCGAGAGUGACUGAGAGACAGCUCCCUGCCAGUGGAGAUGGGACCUCGGUGGCCAUCCCGCAAGAGGAAGCCAGCCAAGCAGAAAAAAAGCUGUGAAACAGAUUGAACCUGUUGAAGAAUGCACUUUUAAAUUAAUCCAAUGAACCCGUUGUCUGAGCCUCUCUGCCUUCCCUCCCAUUUCUCUCUUUUCUACCAGCGAGUGGAUGCAACGACUCUGCUGGAAGCACAUCUGAACCCUUGGUAGGCAAAUCCUACCCACUCCACAGGGCAGGCACCAGCUGCUGGGUGCAGUGACAAUCACCAGCAUUAGUGGUACCACGGGUCUGGGGUCUCAAACUCCGGUGUGAAGCUCACAGCCUGGCCCCAACCAGGACGGCGCGCUUGCUUUUGCUUACAGUGGCAGAUUGUUGUGGGUCCUGGGGUUUGCAAAACACUUGUUUACACCGCCUAAAUUCUGGGGAGUAGCUAAAACUACUGCAUCCCUUUUUAAUCCCAGCAGAUUAAGGACGAGACCUGCUUUUAAAAAUGCAGUUGAUCAAGGUCCAGCCUUCCAGCAAGUCCUCAGAGAGCAAGCCCCGAGUAGGGGAGGGUGUAACACACCCACUCCAUUUCUCAGCCGUCUUGCCCACCAGGCCAUACAGAAAGGAAUGCAGGGCUGCACCGCAGCCCUGCUCCUCCCCGUGACUGCCCGGCAGCACCGAUACCGCCCCCUCCAUCCUGCACCUCCAGUCUCUUUCCUCGCACCGCAGGACUAGGAAGUGGU